AUGCCAGAACAAACAGAUGUUUCGACAUCUAUAGUUGCUUAUCCGGAUCUUUAUGAAGCACCUAUUGCUGAACUCCAAGCAUGUCUGGAAAAGGGAUUGUUUACAAGUGUCGAUCUUGUCAAGGCCUACUUGGCAAGGAUCGAUGAAGUCAAUGUGAAAGGUCCGGCCUUAAACGCGAUCAUUGAGAAUAACCCUAGUGCUCUGUCGCAGGCCGCUGGACUGGACAUUGAGAGAGAAAUCAAAGGAAGUCGUGGUCCCUUGCAUGGUAUUCCGAUACUGCUGAAAGACAAUAUCGCAACUUUACACAGUGAAGGGUCUCAUGCUCUUGUUGGUUCCGUCGUACCUCGCGACGCCUUUAUUGCCGCUAAACUUCGUGCUGCGGGCGCAAUCCUCUUGGGGAAAGCGAACCAAUCUGAAUGGGCGAACUUUCGUGGGCAGGUACCGUCUGGUUUCUCGGGACGCGGGGGACAAGCAACGUGCCCUUACUAUCCACAUGUUGACCCUUCUGGUUCCAGCUCUGGCAGUGGCGUUGCAAUAGCAAUAGGACUUGCAGCUGGCUCUCUCGGUACAGAGACGGAUGGAUCAAUCAUAGGCCCCAGUAGUCAAAAUAAUCUGGUCGGGAUAAAGCCAACUGUCGGACUAACUUCACGUGCGGGAGUCAUUCCGAUAUCUUCUCACCAAGACUCUGCAGGCCCCAUGUGCCGGUCUGUCGCUGAUGUCGCUGUCAUUCUGUCCGCUAUCGCAGGCCCUGACCCUCUAGAUGAAGUUACGCUCUCUCAGCCCAGCCUCAUUCCUGAUUAUCUACAGGCACUGAAUCCAAAUGCUUUGCGUGGCGUUCGUCUCGGUGUGCCUAGGCUUUUCCAGGAACAAGACUCGGAUGAACAUAUACUUGCUGCUUUCGAGGCCUCGCUGGACAUCCUUCGAACGCUGGGUGCUGAAAUCGUGGAUCCAGCGGAGUUUCCAAAUGCAAAGGAACUGCAAGCAUCGAAGAGUGAGAGUAUUGUUUUGAGCACAGAAUUCAAGAUUGACGUCAACAAGUAUCUUGCGGGACUCGUCGAAGUCCCCACGGGUGUCAAGAACAUCGCGGAUGUCAUUACGUUCAAUAAGGAACACGCUGACCUGGAGCUUAUUCCUCCGUAUUAUGAGGACCAAUCUCAACUCAUCACUUCAGAAGCAACGGUUGCGGAUGAAACCUAUCACGCAGCUCUUGCAAAAAACUUGGAACUUGGCCGCACCAGGGGUAUUGAUGCUACUUUGGAGAAAUUUAAACUGGAUGCUAUCAUUAUCCACUCCAACGGUUUCGCAUCUACACCUGCGGCGAUUGCUGGAUAUCCCAUCAUCACAGUUCCUCUUGGCUUUUACCCCAGCAAUAUGGUAGUAGUACCUUCAACCCCAGCACCAGUGUUCAACAAGGGACCCGGUGUUCCUUUCGGGCUGUCUUUCCUGGGCACUGCCUAUACCGAAUUCCAGCUCAUUAGUUACGCUUAUGCAUAUGAACAGGCCACCCAUGUGCGUCUCAAACAGCUAGCAUAUCCGGCUGCGAUUCCCAAGACUCAGUUAGUAGAUAUCGUCGGGAAGUAGGCAGUUGAGUUUCAGUCACAAAUAUGAGGAUGUACGAGUAACUUUUUGGAUGAAAUCUUUGUAUACCAACAUAAAGUUCUAUAUAUGCCAUACUACAUACUACAUAACUAAGCUACCUCAAUCGUAGUAGGAUUGGCCGCUUGAAACCGAUAUGAUGAGCAUAGGUCACUAGUACAACAUAUUGCUUGUCAUUCUGCUGCAAUACUAAAAGUCUGUUCAAUACAUGGCUAAUGAACAACGAAAAUCGUAAUUUUGUACCAGUUACGUUUAAAAAUAAUCAGCCCUGCUGAAAGCUCCUUCCCUUCCCUGACUACGGAAAAUUUCAAGGGUGAAUUCUCCGCCUACGGUAGCGAGGAUGACGUGCUUCUGAAUUUGGUGUGAUAGUGGUAUCUGAAGCACGGUCGUUCCCCGAAGGUGUAGAAAGGAAAGAAGCCCACUUCCGACUCCACAGGGGUAGUCUGGGAGACAUCCUAUCGGUAUCUCUGGAGACGGAGUCUGCGUUUGUGUUACUGUCGUGAGGCGCAGCCUGCACAAGGACAGUAAGUAGCACCAUAAGAGCUGCGAGGGCGUAGAAUAGAAAGCGCAUCACGGUAAUGUAUAUCUUGGUUUACGGUGAAUAUGUGGCUGGCUAUUUUGAACUGACCAAUGGUGAGACGCAGGCAAGACUAAGAUGCGACUGACUCGGGACUCAGGCUAGCUGGUCCAAAAGGGAUGAGUAGAAUACUGGAACAAAGAACGAGGGCCUCAGUAGUUCGAGAAGUCUAGCUCGAAUUCAAACCAGAGACAUUGGAUGCAGCCAGCGAUGGGGGCAGGCUAAAGGGAGCGGGUGGCAUUGCAAAAUGAGGUUUUAUAUAUUAUCCUUUAUGCCUGGGUGUAUCGAGGGACCUUUUUUUGGGACGAUAUCAUUUCGUUCAGUUGCUGUGAAAGGAAAGCUGCAAC